AUGGCCCACAAAUACGGCCCACUGUUCACCUUCUGGUUGGGACCGAAACCAUUCAUUUUCAUUACUGACAUCGAAAGGGGUCGUCGGGUGUACGGUAUGAAUGAGUUCGCCGGUCGGCCCGACUCCUACUUCGGCAGUCAGCUGUCAAACGAUCGCUUUUCGGACGUUGUGUUCACCGAUUACGGCCCCAAAUGGGAGGCACUGAGACGGGUGGCCCACUCGGCCGUACAAAAGUUUGCCACAAAUGAUAGACUAAUAUAUUUGACGAGCGAUUGUGUGGACAGAACUGUUAAACUGAUGAUAGAGAAGGAGGGCAUUGGCAGUCCAUUCUCG